AUGCUCACCGCACCCCUCAGAAAUGGAAAACCUGAGCUUCGGCAAGGUUUGAAGGUUCACAACACAUACAGCUUGCUGCAAGACUCGAACCCCGGCUUAUCUGCCUCCACAGACUGCCCUGUGAUCAAUGUUGCUGCCUCCACAGCUUUCUUCACCAAAGCCGGCCCCUCUUCCCCUCCUCUGUCUCAGCCUCCUGGAAUCCGGGAGAGGAAUGCCGUCAGCUUUGCUCUUCCCUCUGGCGUGCGGCGGGCCAUCAGGAAAGCCCCCUCUUACCAUCUUGUUGCUUUCCUCCCCAGCUGCGUGCACUUCGCAUGUGAGGCCGCUGACUGCCCAGAACUGGCCGUGGAGAACGCGUCUCUCAACUGCUCCAGCAGUGACCGCUAUCAUGGCGCCCGGUGCACCGUGAGCUGCCGGACGGGCUACGUGCUCCAGAUACAGCGGGAUGAUGAGCUCAUCAAGAGCCAGGUGGGACCCAGCGUCACGGUGACCUGCAGCGAGGGCAAGUGGAACAAGCAGGUGGCUUGCGAGCCAGUGGACUGCGGCGUCCCAGACCAGCAUCACGUCUAUGCCGCGUCCUUCUCCUGCCUUAAAGGCACCACCUUUGGCAGCAAAUGCUCCUUCCAGUGCCGUCACCCCGCGCAGCUAAGAGGCAACAACAGCCUCCUGACCUGUAUGGAGGACGGCCUGUGGUCCUUCCCAGAGGCCCUGUGUGAGCUCAUGUGCCUAGCUCCGCCCCCAGUGCCCAACGCAGACCUCCAGACAGCCCGGUGCCGAGAGAACAAGCACAAGGUGGGCUCUUUCUGCAAGUACAAGUGCAAACCUGGAUAUCACGUGCCUGGCUCCUCUCGGAAGUCAAAGAAACGGGCCUUCAAGACUCAGUGUACCCAAGAUGGUAGCUGGCAGGAGGGCGCUUGUGUUCCUGUGACCUGUGACCCACCUCCGCCGAAAUUCCACGGGCUCUACCAGUGCACGAAUGGCUUCCAGUUCAACAGCGAGUGUAGAAUCAAGUGUGAAGACAGCGAUGCUGCCCAGGGACGUGGGAGCAACAUCAUCCACUGCCGGAAAGACGGCACCUGGAGCGGCUCCUUCCACGUCUGCCAGGAGAUGCAGGGCCAAUGCUCGGCCCCGGACCAGCUCAACAGCAACCUCAAACUGCAGUGCCCGGAAGGCUAUGCCAUAGGGUCGGAGUGUGUCACCUCGUGCCUGGACCACAACAGCGAGUCUAUCAUCCUUCCAGUGAACGUGUCUGUACGGGACAUCCCCCACUGGCUGAACCCCACACGGGUGGAGAGAGUAGUCUGCACGGCUGGUCUCAAAUGGUAUCCUCACCCUGCUCUGAUUCACUGCGUCAAAGGCUGUGAGCCCUUCAUGGGAGACAAUUACUGUGAUGCCAUCAACAACCGAGCCUUCUGCAACUACGAUGGUGGGGACUGCUGUGCCUCUACAGUGAAGACCAAGAAGUUCUGGCUGGAGACAAUUCACCGUGAACCCCGACUGCCAGGGAACCUUGGAUGGGGGGCCCCUCCCUUGGCCAAGAUGAAAGCGGCUUUUCCCAGCAGCAAAGACAGGGUGGGGAAUGGUUGA